AUGUCUUCCGCUACCGAAAAUACGAGCACCACAGUUGCGCCAAGAAUUGUUAUGUACGGUCGUGCUUUUAAUCUUUGGUUUCUCCGCGUCGAGUGCCGAAAGCAAGAAAAGCUCGCCCAGAAGGCUACCAAGGGUUGGUUCCGCCAAUGCCACCGCCUCAUCUCUCUGAAGGAGUGUACUCGCACUGCCUUCUUCGCUGAGCAAUCGCUGGACCUGAACGAGCAAUUUCUCAAGGAUAUCAAGUACAAGCUUCUCCACGAGUGCGUCAAGGAAGUUGUUCGUGUCCAGCGUGCGCUGGAGCGAUACAAGAGCAAGAUUGAGGCGGCGUUCGACGAAGAGAAGGAGCUUGACGCCAUCUGGUGGGCCGAGAAGCGCGACCAGACGGAGGGGAAUUGA